GAGACACACACAGAGAGAAAGUCACAGACACUGACGCAAAGUGGUCACUGAUGUGAUAAGGACAGAAGCGCGGGACAGGAGGGAUACAGGCAACAUCAGGUGACCAGAGUGACUAAAGGCUUCAGAAAAGAGAGAAAGGGAGAGACAGAGAGUAAAAGCGGAGAGGGGAGAGAGGGGGGAGAGAGUGAAAGUGAGAGAGAGAGGGAGGAAGCCAGCAGCGACCUCCUACCCAACAACCUCGGAAGCAAACUCAUAAAAUGAAUUCAGACUCCAGCCCAAGCAGCAGAGCCUCUUCCCCGGACAUGGACGGCAUGUUUCUCCGUGACCACCACCCGCAUCACCAUCACCAUCAUCACCACGUCGGCUCCUCCGUGUCCUCCUCCACGCAGAGCGGCGAGCAACAGCGCCAGAAGAUGAGCGGCGGUGAGCACCUGCGCUCUGGAGAAGCAAAGUCAGUGUCUGUAGGAAGCAGCAGCAGUAGCAGCAGCAGCAGCAGUAGCAGCAACAAGUACAAACUGAAGAAGCAAAUCACUGAGGAGGAAAUGUACCAGCUCCGUCUCAAGAUUAACGGAAGGGAGAGGAAGCGCAUGCACGACCUCAACCUGGCCAUGGACGGCCUGCGCGAGGUGAUGCCCUACGCGCACGGGCCCUCAGUGCGGAAGUUGUCCAAGAUCGCCACGCUGCUUCUUGCCAGGAACUACAUCCUGAUGCUCACAAGCUCCUUGGACGAGAUGAAGCGGCUGGUGGGGGAGAUAUACGGAGGGCAGCACUCAGCCUUCCACUGCGGCACGGUGGCGCACGGCGCCGGCGGACACUCCGGAGGUCCCGCCGCCGCAGCCGCUGCAGCCGCCGCAGCCGCACACCAGGUACACCCUCUUCUCGGGAGCGCGCUGUCCUCCUCGACGUCCUCCACUCUGUCCAGCGCGCUGCCGGGGCUCACGUCUAUUAGAGCACCCCACUCCCUGAUGAAGGGUUCUCCGGCUGCGCCCUCGGCCCUGCAGCUGGGCUCCGGUUUCCAACACUGGGCCGGGCUGCCCUGUCCCUGCACCAUCUGCCAGGUGCCUCCUCCUCCUCCACACAUCCCCAUUACCUCCACCGGCCUCACGAGACUCUCAGGGGAGGGGAAAGAUGGGAUGAAAUGAUACCCGGUGUCUGACAAACAGCACAGACUGAGAGAUGUAAUGAUGUUUGUAAAUAGCGAAUUCAGGGCAUGUGGGUGAAUUUGGCCUCACUGGUGCAUGUCGUUGUUUAGUCUGUUUUCUUGUUUGGCGUGUAAGAGAAAAUUCAUUUUCCUCCUUGUAACAAGGACUUGGACUAUAUAUAAAGACUGCUGGUUUUUGCCUGUUGAAGGUAAAAAAAAAAAAAAGAAAAAAAAGAAAGAAAGAAAAUGUGUCAUGCAACGAGACACCACGAUCCUCCUACGUUUAACUGAAUUUUCGUCUCAAAUGACAUAGUGAAAGGUGAAGGAGGCUGCAUGAACAUAUUGCUUUAUUAUUAUUUUUUUUAAUAUAUCAAGCGUCAUUUUGUGAAAACGAAGAAUGCUCUCUGUGCCUUGUACCAAGGAUUUUAAACUUGACUUCUAUGUAAAAAAAAUAAAAAUAAAAUAAAUGACAUGUAUGUGUUUGGCUAAAACGAUUCCGCCACCACGGAAAUUUGUUUAAAAUUUUUUUUUAAAUGUGUGGCUCAUUGUGUGCCCUGAUUUCCAUUUUGGUUUUAAGAAUUUUUUUUCUAUUCUUUUUUGCAUGGUGAUAUAAUUAUCACAGCAUGAUUGUUUUUGCUGAAUUGAAUUUGUUAU